AAACAGUUUAGGUGAUUCGUUAAAUCAUUUCAAGUAGGUAUUUACAGAAGAUUUCAGAAUGGCCUUUGUGUAUCAGGGGGAUUCUGAUUUAGAAUCAAAGGCGAAAAAAGCGGCUGAAAGAAUUUCAGAGAAUAUGCAUAUUGUGGCCAAUGAACCUUCUUUAGCAUUGUACAGAUUACAAGAACAUGUGAGAAAAGCUUUGCCUCCGAUGGUGGAAAGGCGAGUGGAAGUGACGAAACUGCAACAUGAACUGCAAGGACGCUGCUAUGAUGUAGAAUAUGCUUUAAGUGCAGUGAAGUCAAUGGAUGGUGCAGCCAACAGCUUCAAGAACAUACAGGAAUUGUUAAAGCAGUCAAUAUUUUUGAAACAACAGUUAAAAUAUGAGGAGGCUAGGAGAAAUAAAAAAGAUAAAGAUUCAGUUUACAAACGUCUCUCAGCUCAUAUUGUGCUUGACCUUCCCGACCUCUCGGAUUUCUCUAUGAUCCGAGAAACAACUAACCGAUUGGAGAACAUCAUGACACAUGCUCGGGGCUCUAACGCUGAGUUGCACAGAUCUCAUACAACUUUACAUUGAACAUAUACACAUUAAAGCUGUGUGUCCACUGGGUCAGAAUCGGAGCAUACAGUGCGGAUGGAGCUUUGUCGAUCACUUGUCUGGUGCCAAAAUGACGUUCUAGUGUACGCAGUACCAUAGAAAUCGAUACAAAGCAACAAAUCUGUCCGCUCUACGCUUCGAUUCGGAUCUGCAAUAGGCGCAAGUUAAGACUUUAGACUUAGUUCUGCCUGCUUUGGAUUUUAGUGACUUUAAAAUGUUUGCCUAACUAUACAACUCAGGCAUAUAUGUUAUUUUUUUUAGGCCAGGGUUCAGUGACUACAACAUUAUUUAAUGCAUACAACAUUAAUUAAUCUUUUAGGUGAUGGAUGACUUUAAAAAUAUCAAAAAUAUAAAAUUCUCGUGUCACAGUGUUUG